UACGAACUAAUUUAACUCCCAUGCCGUCUUUGAGAAAUUACACACGAUAAAUUCCUCUUUGAAAGAUGAGGAGGUGGGGGGGAAAUGAGGCACGCUCUGAAGUCCUUUGGCAAAAGAUCCACAAGGGGGCGGGGCUGGGAGUCGAACUCAGGCGAUGGGGCCAUGCGUGGGGCGCAGUGGGGUAGGGGGCGGAUCUCUGGGUCCGUCCGGGGCGGGCUAAGGAACCGCGCGCGGGGGUGGGUGGCACUCAGAGUCACAAAUGAGACCUUCAGACCUCCCGCAGGCGCCAGGAGGACGAGGGAAAUGUCAAGGAUGGGCUUGGAAACGGAGGCGGUGUGCGUGGGAUCUGCUCCCACACUCAGCCUGGGUGGUCCCUCGCUAGAGAUGAGGCGCCCCCAACGGGGUCCGGAGAUCAGGCCCAUCAGGACUGGAGCAGCCGCCCUGGACCUUCGACCCGCUUGGACCAGCAUCCCUGCAUCCUGCUCUCCCUGGCUUCUCCCCUUGCUACACCUGGGCUCCAAAUAAACACCUGGACUUCGAAGCUCUGUGUUCUGAGUUCUGUCUGUACCUCGGGGCGCUAGGGUGGGACCUUGGGGCUGGAGGGAUUCCUGGCGGGUCCUGGCCCAGAUGGAAGUGCCCACAUACGCUUUGCUGAGAUGAGCCGUGGAGACCCAGCGGACCAAAGUGAUACUCCAUCUCACUAGCUCACGUCUUAAACCCCUGCCUCCUUCCUUCACCUCUACCUCUAGCAAUCGUCCCAAAGCCAGGCUGUCUCAGCUCCGCACACCGAAUUGCGCAGACCCUGUUCUCGCUGACAGCCUUGGCCUUCAGUCUCUUCCUGUCUCUGCUCUGUUGUGGUCGACAUCCUCUAGCUCCAUUUUGCAGACGAGAAAACUGAGGCUCGGCAAGACUUCAUUGAAAGCGCUUGCUUCAGAUACCUGGGGCGGGGAGCUGGAGCGAUAGUACAGCGGGCCGAGGGCUCUUUAGCCUUGCACGCCGCCAAUCCGGGUUCGAUCUCCGGCAUUUCAUAGGGCCCCCGAGCCCCGCCAGGAGUAAUCCUUGAGCGCAGAGCCAGGAAUAAAUCCUGAGCACCGCCGGGUGUGCCCCAAACAAAAACAAAAAGCUCUUAGCCUGAUCUGAUCGCAGAGUACCGAGCUGAGGGUCCACCCCUCUGCCGGAGGAAAGGUGCGGCUUUCCCAAGCCUGGGUGGAGGGUCUCAAGUGUCUGCUCCAGUUCGCAAAUGACGUCAAAAGCGAGCGGGUGGGUCUCGUUCGUUCCUGCUUGCACGGGAUGCCAGGUUCUCAAGUCGUUUUCUACGGAGGUGGUUCCCUUCCGCCAGCAAACGCACCUCCACCUCUCCAGCGCCUUCCGCCUCCGCGCGGGGCCUUCUGGCUCCCGCGGCUUCCGUAGCCCCGCCCACCGCGGAAGCGACUGUGGAAGCAGCACCGGAGCGCCGACACCGCGGCCGCCGGCAUGAAGCCCCCGCAGCGGCGGCGAGCGGCCCCGGCUCGCUAUCUGGGCGAGUUGAGCGGCCCCGCGGCCUGGAGCGCCCGAGAGAAGCGGCAGCUGCUACGACUCCUGCAGGCGCGGCGGGGCCAGCCGGAGCCCGAGGCCGCCGAGCUGGCCCGGGAGCUGCCGGGCCGGAGCGAGGCCGAGGUCCGGGACUUCCUCCGGCAUCUUAAGGGCUGCGUGGCCCGGGAAGCCAUUCAGAAGGUAUAUCCAGGUGGCGCACAGGGCUCAGGGCGCCAGGAAACACAGACUCCGGCCCCCAUCGAGGUAUGGCUGGAUCUGGUCGAGAAGAUGACAGGCCCGCUGGAGGAAGCCCUGAUGGUAGCCUUCUCACAGGUGCUCACCAUCGCGGCCACAGAGCCUAUCAGCCUUCUGCACUCCAUACCUCCCAAGCCAACACAGGCGCGUGGACGGCCAGUGGUUGUCAGCGCCCCUGCAGGACAAGAGAACCCCACCGCUGAGCCCUCCUGCCCUGCUCCCAAGGCCCGCUGCCUGGCUCCUGACCCUCUUGGCUCCAUCUCCGUCCUGGGGACUCCUGGCUCUGUCCCUGGUGCUCCAGACCCAGCCCUCAAGCCACCCAGCCCCGCCCCUAGCAUCCCUGGCCCUGCCCCUAGCAUCCCUGGCCCCACCCCUAGCAUCCCUGGUCCCACCCAAGAAACUCCUGGCCCUGCCCCUAGCAUCCCUGACCCUGGCCCAAAGAUACCUGGUCCCGCCCCUCCUGACCCUCUGGAGCCUCCCGGAGACUUCACGGUGGAUUUUGAGAAGAUCUAUAAGUACCUGUCGUCCCUGUCACGCAGUGGCCACGGUCCCGAGCUCUCGGCAGCUGAGUCUGCUGUGGUCCUUGACCUGCUCCUGGCCCUCCCCGAUGAGCUGCAGCACCUGCCCUGCGGCGCCCUGGUCCAGCACCUCUCAGACGCGUAUCAGCACAUGACGGCCCCCCAGCCCGACCUUGCCAGUGCGGGGUCGCCGCCCAGGGUGACAGAUGCAAGGACAGAUACUGACGCGCACCAGGCCAGCCCCACCCCCUCCCAGGCUCUUGGGAGCACCGAGCCCAGAGACUCGAGGUCGCCCUGGCAGGUCUCUGGCAUCUGCCCCCUAAACCCAUUUCUGGUGCCCCUGGAGCUCCUGGGCCGGGCCGCCAGCCCAGACCCGGCGAGGGGUGCGGGGCCAGAGGACACCCUGCAGCUGUGAGCCCCCGGAGCCUCGGUCCUGCUCAGGCUGGCACCAGGUUGUGGUGCCUGAUCCCUGAUGGGGUGUUUGCAGGGGGUGGAGCUGAUCUUGGGGAGGGGGAUUGGCCAUGGCUGGGGGUAGGGCCCCCCUCCCCCCCGUCGCCUCCACUCUGCCAUGCCCCGUCUCUGAGUCCUGAGCCCCGUGUCCUGUGACUGAAUAAAGAUUCGGUUUAUCUGUC